CCUGUGAGGAGAAGCCGCCCGCGCCGACCCACGGCCUCCGCCUGCCGGGCCCGGCAGCCCGAUCGCCUCACGACAAACCGCCGAGCGACGGCGACAGCGGCUGCCCCGCCCCCGGGCGCGAGCGGCGCCUUCCCGCCAACCGCGGAGGACGGCGGCGGCGCGGCGGCCCGGUUACCUGACAGGCUGGCGGCACCGCCAUGGCCGCGGUGCGGGACGUAGAGAUCGACCCCGAGGGCACCUUCAAGUACAUCCUGGUGCGCCUGCAGCGCCCGGGCGGCGAGGAGCAGCGGGACAUCGUCCGCGGCACCAAGGCGGCCGAGUUCCACAAUCAUAUAUUUGAAAAAGUAAAUCCUGAGAUGGAAAAGCUGGGAUAUGAGUGCAAGUGCCUUGGAGGAGGGAAAAUUGAUCAUAAUAGCAAAGACAAGAAAAUUAGGGUAUUUGGGCUGUCUACAGGCUAUGGAAAAGCAGAUCAUUCGGUGACUGUAGAGAUACUGAAAAAAGUGUAUACAGAUUAUGAAAUUACAUGGUCAGAUGACAAGAAAUAAAUUGGCUACUUAUGAACACAACAAGCAGUUCAAAACUGGUAACUCCGUGGGCUGUACUUUGAUAAAUAAAAUUGAAUGUCUUCUA